AUGUUGCGAUCUCGUCAAUUUCUGUUAGUCAGUGUGAUAUUUGUGGGGAUCACUAAUGUCCAAACGAUGGCUCAAUGGAGGGUGGGACAGGUUCGUUUGAUGUCUUCCCUUCAGACUUCUGUAGCUGAUCCUCUAGCCCACAGACUGAGACGUUCCCCUUUCAUUCGGGCCCACAGACGCCGUUCUUCUCGGGUGAUUUUUUUCUUCUGGUGAUUGCGCUGCUUUAUAAUGUUAAAACUAACGAUUAUUUCUAACAUAAUGUCGCCUUCUCUGUAAAUUUCCUGCCUAUAACACUGCCAUUUCCCUAUAAUUUAGUUUUCUCUUUUGUGCCGUUGAUUGUGUAUGUUGGUCUAACAGUUUUCUUUUUAGAGGCCCCUUCAGAUGCCAAACUCUUUGUCUCUCAGGGAUGCCGCCGAUCUGGCAUCUCUGACUGAUAUGAAGGCUUUCUACGCUCAGCUGAGGCCGAUUCUUGUUCCUCGAAUUGUAAAUACGGAACAACAUCGACAAGUUGCGCAACACAUCCAUACCGAACUAAACAAAGCCGGAUUUAAUGUAGAGUGGGAUGAAUUCGAAGAUCAAACUCCUUAUGGGAAGAUGCCUUUUAGAAAUAUAAUUGGCACAUUUGACCCCCAUGCUUCAAGAAGACUGGUUCUCGCUUGUCAUUACGACUCUAAAAUCAUUCCAGGGUAAGAAAUUAUGGUCGAAGUAAUGCUGAGUUUAUUGGUUUGAUUAUGUGAAUACUUUUAGAAAGGUGUUUAUUGCGGCCACUGAUUCUGCCGUCCCUUGCGCAAUGUUAUUAGAUCUGGCCAGAACUCUUGGCCCAAUCUUGAAGACCAAGUCUGGCUUGGUGAGUGUUAAUAAAGUUAUUAAUCCUGAUUAUGAAUUGGUAAGGUCCUAUCAAUUGAAAUUUCAGCCAAUCACGCUGCAAUUAGUAUUCCUGGAUGGCGAAGAAGCCUUUGUAGAAUGGAGUAGAAAUGACAGCACUUACGGAGCGAGACAUCUGGCCAAAGUCUGGUCUCAGAAAUGGUAUCCCACCCAAUCUCAUCUGGCCCCAUUGGAGCUCUCAAAAGAAUUGGAUCGGGUUGAUGCCUUUGUGCUUUUGGAUCUCCUGGGCGCAGCUCGCCCCCAAAUUACGCAUACUAUUGGACAUGGAACUCGGCCCUUGUUCGAAGGGAUAGAAAGUGUUGGUAAAUAGUUACCAAUUUAUAUUUUAAUUCAUUCACAGAGAGAAAUCUGAGGACUGCCGGGAAACUGAAGAAUAUUCCUCCGAUCUUCUCUUCGUUUGACUCUUAUCACGCUGUAGAAGACGAUCACAUUCCGUUCCUCGAAAAGGGUAAGUCAUGAUGACUCUAUCCUGUACUACUUGUGUCAAAUAUUUUCUUGUGUUUAUCUUUUUUGAUCCUUCUGUAAAUAAUGUUGAUGAAAUGGACAAGUGUUUAUUCCAGGAACGCCCAUCAUGCAUGUAAUCCCGCUUCCAUUCCCGCGUGUCUGGCAUACCCCUGCCGAUAACGAGGGCGCCUUGGACUGGAAUACCAUCUACAAUUUGGUUACAAUAACCAGGGUCUUUGUGGCCGAGUACUUGAACUUGACUCCUAACUAA